AUGGCGUCCGAUAUGCCCAUAACUACGGUAUAUGUUCAAAACCUAGAAGAACGGGUGAAACCUGAAGUGCUGUCGGGAGCAUUGAAGACCAUUUUCUCCGAGUUUGGGAAUGUAAUUGAUAUCGUGGCCAAGAGAAACCUCAAGGCAAAGGGACAAGCAUUUAUCGUGUUUGAUCAACCCAGCGCCGCUCAAAAUGCCAUUGAAGAGGUCGAAGGAUUCGAGCUCUUUGGCAAGCCCUUGAGAGUUGCGAUGGCCCGGAUGCAGAGCGAUAAAACCGUCGAGAUCAACUGCAGCAAGGAUGAAUUCGAGACUCACAAGCGGCAUAGGCAGGCAGAAAAGGAUAAACGCAAGGCGCUCGAGGCAGCCGACGAACAAAGGCAGCUCAAGAGAGCUGCCGGUGCCGCAGCCGAAGCUCGACCAUCGAAAUCAGCGAAGCCGUCGGGCUUGAAGUCCACCAGCGCCCCAGCAUCAGCUGUCGUGCCAGACGAAUACCUGCCACCGAACAAGAUUCUCUUCAUCCAGAAUGUCCCCGAAGAAUAUGACAUUGACGGCCUCAACGCGAUCUUUGGCCGGUUUGAUGGGUUCCGAGAAAUUAGAUUGGUUCCAGGUCGACGCGGAAUUGCGUUUGUUGAGUACCAGAAUGAACAAGGCGCUAUUACAGCGAAGGAGAAUACUGCUGGAAUGCUGUUAGCAGAUAAACCUAUCAAGGUUACCUACCAGCGUCAAUAA